GAGACUGGCCUGGCGGGGGCCGGCGAUAGGUAGGACCGGGACCUGAGCUCAGGGACUCCGUUAGCGACUCGCCCUUGGCUGGGAGACGGGAUCUGUUCGCGUCGGGGCUUCCCCUCCUGCGGGGCUCGGCAGGAGCCGCCUGCGGAUGAUGCCCCCCUGAAGCAUCACCCUUAAGAGACCGGUGGGGGGGGGGACACAACCUGAGCCCCCUCCCAGCUCCAGGGCAGUGACAAUGCGGCCCGGGGCAGCCCUGCGCCCCCCCGCUCGCUGCUGACUCCGGGGGCGGGGGGCAUGGCACCUGGCUGGGGGGCCGCCUAGCAUGGCCGGGGGGCCGGGCAGAUGCCUCGGGCUAGCAUGGCAGGGAACGGGCCGCCUGCCCCCGCCGCCUGCCCCGAGCCUCUGCCCCGCAGCGUCUUCAAGAAGUUCCUGCUUAUGCUCAUGUCCCUGCUCAUGUCCCUCUACGUCUUCUACUGCCUGGCCGAGCGCUGCCCCAGCUUGCCCGGGCCCCUACUGGCGGCCGCCCCGGAGCAGGCGGCGGGCGGCGGCGGGCGGCUGGAGCCGGGGUCCCCCUCGCUGGCCAGCUGGCCGCCGGCGGCCCGGAGGAAGCGGCCGAAGCAGCAGCGGCGGCGGCCCGACGCGCCCGGCCGAGGCGCGGGGUCGGGCGGCGGCGGGGAGCCCCCGGGCACGCUGGCCCUGCUGCUGGGCGAGGGCAGCAAGCGGCUGCCGCAGGCCAUCAUCGUGGGCGUGAAGAAGGGCGGCACGCGGGCGCUGCUGGAGUUCCUGCGGGUGCACCCCGACGUGCGGGCCGCGGGGGCCGAGCCCCACUUCUUCGACCGCGGCUACGAGCGGGGCUUCGGCUGGUACAGGGAGCUGAUGCCCAGAACCCUCGAUGGGCAGAUCACCAUGGAGAAAACUCCCAGCUACUUUGUCACCAAGGAAGCACCUGCUCGAAUCUCCGCCAUGUCAAAGGGCACCAAGCUCAUCGUGGUGGUGCGGGAUCCUGUGACCCGAGCCAUCUCCGAUUACACGCAGACUCUCUCGAAGAAGCCCGAUAUCCCCACCUUUGAGAGCCUGACCUUCAAAAACAGGACUACAGGCCUGAUCGACACCUCGUGGAGCGCCAUCCAGAUUGGCAUCUACGCCAAGCACCUGGAGAACUGGCUCCUCUACUUCCCCAUUGGGCAGAUCCUCUUCGUCAGCGGGGAGAGGCUGAUCAGCGACCCCGCUGGGGAGCUGGGCAGGGUCCAGGACUUUCUGGGCCUUAAGAGGAUCAUCACGGACAAACACUUCUACUUCAACAAAACCAAGGGCUUCCCCUGCCUGAAGAAAGCUGAAGGCAGCAGCAAACCCCACUGCCUGGGGAAAACGAAAGGCAGGACCCACCCCAAUAUAGACAGAGAGGUGGUGCAGAGACUGCGGGAGUUCUACAGGCCUUUCAACAUGAAGUUCUACCAGAUGACUGGGCACGACUUCGGCUGGGACUGAGGCUGAAAAAAAGAAUAAUUUAAGAAAAGAAAAAAUAUAAUAUAAUAUAUAUAUAUAUUUUUUUUACACAUCAGUAGAGAGGAAAUGUAAGAGGUGUGCUGAAAACGCUCUCCAUUCCGUUCGUUCUUUUUGACAAGAUGUCACUGCUUGGUUUGUUUUCUUUCCUCUAUUAGCAGCGGGUUGGUGUCUGCUGCCAUGGUCGAGGCAAGGUGGCUGUGGGCCAAAGCUUGGUGCUAUUGAAGUCAAGAGGGCUCUGGCCCUUUAUGUCAGUGGUUUCAGGAUUUGACAUUGUCUAUAUAAAAGUCCAGGAACAACAUUUUCAGAUGUGCCUAAGUGACUUAGGAACCUAAGAUCCAUUUUUCAAAAGCGACAUAGGCACUUAGAAGAGCCUAACUGUCAUUGAAAAUCAAUAGGAUUUAGGCUUCUAAGGCCCAGAUUUUAAAAGGUAUUUAGGUGUUGCUGUGCUCAGCCUUGCAAUGUCUAACUGAUUUAGGCACCUAAAUUUCAUCAUUAAGAUUGAGGCUCCUAAAUGCCUAAAUCACUUUUGAAAAUGGGAUCUAGGCUCCUAAAUCAGUUAGAUAUUGCAACAGUGAGCACAGCAACACCUAAAUACCUUUACAAAUCUGGGCCUUGGUGACUAAGGGCUGGAUUUUUAAAUCUAUUUAGGUGCCUGACUCCCACGGGAGGUGCCCAAAUGCCUUUAAAAAUGUAUCCCUUAGUCACUUUUGAAAAUAGGACUUAGGGUCCUAAAUACCUAAAUCACUUUUGAAGAUUCCAGAGCUGGUCAGGACAUACUUUUUCCUGUGAAAAUUUUUUAUCAUUUUUUUUUCACUUUAUCAAUUUUUCUUUGAAAUUUUGGGGGGGUUGGUCCAAAAAGUGGGAAAAAAUUCUGCCACCAAAAACCAAGCUUUUUUUUCAGCAACUGGUGAAAAACGGGAGGGUAUUUUAUAUACAAAAUUGAACUAAUUUGGGUUUUGGUUAUAGAAAGCAGGGGAGGGAAGGAAAUAGGUUUUGACAAAAACUGAUCUUUUGACAUGAAAAUCUCAGUGUAGUGAAAAGGCCGUUUUCCAGCUCUCAAGCAGCUUCCCCCAUCACUUGUACUCUCUCCAGGUCGCUAUUUCCGAGCUCACCCACCUCUUUCAAGAUUCCCAUUCAGAAACUUCACCAAGCCAACAUGCCUCCCAUUGGAUGUCAUCCGUAGAGUUUGAGGCUGUGGCCUUCAUGGGCUUUCACACUAAGAGGGGAGUCAUUGUGGGCUGUAGGGGGAUUCCAUGUCCUGUAUAUUCUUGAAUAGGGAAUAACAGGGUAAGAGCCAGAGUUGCGGGAGAGGUGGUGUGUGAGGUAUCCUGUUAAGCCACGUUCAGGAGUAUGUUGGACAAGGCUCUCUUGGCUUCAGAAGAAUCUCAGAUGACAACAUGUUGGAGCAAAGGUUCAUUUGGGAAAAAAAUAAAAAACUGAGUGAGGGAAGGGAAUCCCUUGUUCACAAGAGUGUGGUGAGAACCUAAUUGGCUGCCCUGCUGAGAACAAAAUGGCAGCGCUCUUCUGGGGAAUAUGGGGGAGAAAUGAGGAAAAGAGCACAUUGGGUUUGUAGGGUUUUUUCAAUGUUGGCAAAAUAAUCCUUCCUAUUACAAUACUUGGAGAUCUCGAUUCUUUGCUCUGAUUCUUGACAGCUGUUUUGUGGCUUCUAUAAAGUGAGUUGGUGGUAACUACCCAUUAAUUAUGCAGGUGCCCAGAUCACACGAUUUGGCCCUUUUGUCAACAGUCUCAUUAGAUUAUUAUUUGUAUUAGCGCCUGGAAACCCCAGUCACGUACCAGGACCCCAUUGUGCUAGGCUCUGUGCAUGAUUAUUACUGUUUAUUAGGUGUAUUACAGUAGUGCUUAGGCACUUAGUGGAUCAGGACUCCAUUGAACAGAACCAAAAGACAGUCCCUGCCAGGAGGAGCUUACCAUCUAAGACAAGCUGGAGACAGCCGGGGGAGCACUAGGUAACAAUGAGACAAUAUUGGUCAGCGUGAAAAGCAGUGGUUCCAGCAUACCGUCUACAUAACCAUUGUCAAGAUUUUUUUUAGGCAUCACAGCAGAGGAGAGAGUUCAAGAGGAUAAUGAGUUGAUCAUCAGAGAGGUCAAGAUGAUGUGUGUGAAAUUACCCUCUAGCUCUACAGAUGGUCCCUCCAGUUCCUGCCUAUCUGUUCCGAAGGUAAAGAAAACAGGUCAGGGUCCAGGGCUGUCACCAACAUCACAUUCGUGUAAAGAGAAAGAGGUUAGAGCUGGGCCUUCCACCCACUCCUGGCUCUCCUGAAUCCACUUCAGAGCCCACUUCCCAGCUUUUCUCUUAACCAGCUCAAGAAAUGAUCCUGAACAUUGCUGAGGCUGCAGGGCUCAGAGGACUUUCCCCCUCACCUCUGCAGAAACAAACCCGCGUGGAUUCACAAACAGGACCCACUUCCCCAGCUAAUUAAAAUCACUUAGUUAAUGUUGGCAGGACUUUCUGAAGGCCUUAGCCCCAAGACUUUCUACCAUCUGUUGCACCCAUAAAGCCUUAUCUGAGCUCAGGUUUCCUUACCCAGAGUCCAGUAACAGCUAGCCGGGAAGCUAACAGUAGGGCGCUAGAAAACUGUUAAGUCAUUCUCUCUGCAGUCCACCCUCCCACCCCCAGCACGAGAGAUCACAGUGACCCCGCUACCUUCAGCCAGUGUGGUCAUCCUCUAUCUCAGUUUUUGUUUCAGAAUGUUCCGGCUCCAGCUUUAAGCCCUUUUUUGGCAGCAUCCUGUGGCACAAAACAUCUGGGUAAACAUUUUAUAAUCAUCUUAACCAAACAAAGAACAAAAAUAGCGAUCAGAUCAGUCAAAUGCAACCCAGAACAAAGCAAAGCCACAGCGCUCGCUCGAGCGCACAGUGCUUCCCUUUGUGUCUUAAUCCUCGUGGCGGUCUGUCUAAGGGCGGAGUCAUGGGUGGCUACAGUGCUCGCCUGUUAAGAUCCUAGCCAGCUGUGGUCACAACAGCUAAAGGGGCUGCUGCAACAGCCAGACUUUCUCAGCUGAGUAAAACAGAAUGUGCAGAUGAAUUUGGACAGUGCAAGAAUUUUCAUCACCACCUCGAACUUUCAUCCAAAACUCAAACCAGAAGAUUUCUUUUGGGGCAGCAGUAAAGCUGUUAACUUUUUCCCCUUGUUAUAUUUCCCGAUCAACCUCCUCUAGACCUCCAUUUUCUAGCCCCGGAUGCCAAAAUCAGAGCAGGUUGGCAAAUGUUUUUUUUAGCAAAAAUCAAUGACAAUGUGUGUUUCCUUUCCUCUGAAAUUUGACAUUUUACUGGAAUAUUUCAAUGAAAUUUCAGAAUGUGAAAUGUUUUGACCAGCGCUAUAGUUUCUGAGGGAUCAUGCUCAGCUAGUGGGGGUGAUGGGAGAACCAUCCAACUGGCCCUUCUUUACUGGUUUUGCUAUCAUCGCUUAACCUGAAAAUGGAAUCUACGGAAAGCAAUUGAUUUGUUUCAUUCAGGCCACUGGUUUGGUUACAGCUGUCCUGCUGGCAUUGCUCGUUGAACAGCCCUCUCCAUAUAUUCCUGCUUCCCAUGUGAGCAUGCCAUUUUACACCUCCAGUUCCAAAACUCAGCUGUUGUUGAGCAAUCAUAUCGCCUCCUUAGGUGUCACAGUGGUUUAAGCUUAACAGCAAGGCAGCGGCUCGUUCCUUGGAGGGCUGAGGGACCGAUGCAUUUUGAAGUUCACCAAAGGCUGAAGUUGUCUGAGCACCUUGAUUCUGUUACCCAGAGCUUCUUUCAACUUGGGGGUGAAGAGCUGGCCCCACUCAAGUUGUUUAAAGCCUGAUCCAAAAGCCACUGCAGUCAGUGGAAAGGUUCCUAUUGAUUUCAGUGGGCCUCAGAUCAGAACCCUACAUGAAAACAAUAAAAAGUCCCAAUAUGUUUCAUCCAGACCAUCAGUGGAAGUUUUCAAGAUGUGGCUUUCUGGUUUUGGCCAUACCACAUCCAUUCAGAUGAAUUGGAACCAAGCAUCUGAAAACCCCACUCCCCAUACCUAGCACUUUGAAAAGGUGCUCUUGAGGUCUGGUGACAAUUCCCCUUGCUUCUAAGAGAAGGCUACAGUAUUUAUGGUCCUUAUGCAUUCCCAACACACACAGGACACAUUGAAGGGAAAUGAAAGCCCUCUCUGUGAAUGUGGCCUAUUAGAUCGUGUUUCCAGACAGCUCUGACUCAUGUAAGAAGCUCACUCAUAUAUUUAUAUGACAUAAUGCUUUCCCCUCCCCCAAAGCUGCAUUACUCUGCAACAGGGAGUCUCUUGAACUUUGAACUUCCUGGCAGUGGAAUAGAGACUCAUUUUAAAAUAUUUAUAAUGGCUGAACAUUGUAUUCAAUAUUGGUGAUUCCUAUGGCAAGAAUCCCCUGGCCUGCAGAUAACAAACCUCGGUGUCAUUUUGCAACUUGGCUUAUACAUGUAACCAGUGCCAGAGGUGAUUUGUAUGGGAGUGUAAAUUACACUCCCAUAGGCUAACUUAAUCUUCCCGUGUGGGAUUUUCAGACACACCUAAGUGACACAGGAAGAAAAGUUGCCUUGAAAGUCAAUUGCUGUCAGAUUGAGUAUGACUAAGCAUGUCGUGGGAUGCCUUUGGAACAAAUUGUCUUGCAAAGGUAGAGGUACAGGGAUGUAGCAUUAAUCUUGGUGCAAGGUUCUCCCCCUAACCCUUGUGAAAGCUAAUGGGCAUCAAAAUCAAAUGGCCUUAUGGCACCAGUUGGUGGAACUAGACCACCUGCUUAGUUACUGAGCAACUGGCAUCGUUUAAAAGGGACACAGUCACAGAGUUUAGGGCCAAAAAUUAGGCUUUGUUACAAAACAAAAAAGUUUCACAAAACUAAGAGGUGGAAUUUUUAAAAGCAAAUAAGUGCCUUAGGCACAACAGGGAGUAAGUUUCACAGGCACAAUGACACACAGGUGCCAACGCCCAUUGUUUUUCAGUAUAAUAAAGGCCUGCUCUAUACACAGGUUUUGUACCAGUAUAAGUGUUGGUUAGGGGUGUGGGUUUUUUUAACAACUCUUUCCUGCCCGUUGACUUUCAAAGCUCCUAAACCACUUAGGUGCUUUUGACAAUCCCACUGACUGAAUAAAAGUUGCCAUUUUCCGAGUAGCCUAAGAAAAGUUAGGUCCGCAAAUCCCGUCGAAAUCUAAUACGAUUUAAACCUCAGAUCCUAAAAGGUAUUUAAGUGAAUUCAAUGAGAGUUAGCCUCUAAAAUACCUUUGAGGAUUUGGGAAAAAAUUACCUAAGGCCCUUAGUCUGAAUUGAAAAUCCUAAACAAGGGUCUGGAAUGAAUUUAAUUAGUCCCCUGUGUAGGGAAACCCCCAGCUCAACAUUACUGAGCAAGUGUUGUAGAACUGGAAAGUGAAAUUGACUUAAAGAGUUUGAUUUUUCCCAAUGGAGAAAAGUAGGGGAAGGAGGGGGAGAAUUGAUGAUGAAAAGCAAAUUAGAUGUUUAAAAAUCUUUCCAUUUUAAUAAGCUAAGGUGUUCUUGGGCCCAGAUAAGGGUUGGGUUUGUGUUUUGUAUCAUAUGCAACUUUUAGACUUUCACAGUGUCUCUUUAAAGCGCUGUAUCAGUAUGGAGGGUCAUAGCCUUCUCGCAGGGCGUGGCUACACUUGCGAGUGACAGCACAUUAAAGGCGCCCUGGGUGCACUAGCUCACUACCCAUCCACACUGGCAAGGCACGUAGAGCACUCUGACUCCACAGCUACAGCGCUGCUGGUACUCCAUCUCAGCGAGUGGAAUAAUGUUUGAUGCGCCCCCGCUGGAGCGCCCCAGCGUCAGUGUGAACAAGGUGUUGCAUUACUGCGCUCUGAUCAGCCUCUGGAAACGUCCCAUAAUCCCCUUAAGUGAAGUGGCCACUCUUCUCAUUGUUUCGGAUAUGCCCUUUGAAAGCUCCGUUUGACAGCCGAGACAAAGCAACCAUUACUGUGGAAUGCUGUGUGCGAGAGAGAGAGAGAGAGGGUGGUGGUGGGGGGGUUGUGCUGUCUGAACUUACAAGACAGCAUGCUGACAUGCUCUCAGCCCUCCAAAAACUCUCUCUCCCCCCACAUAGACACAACACACUCCCUGUCACACUCCACCCCACCAACCCCCAUUUGAAAAGCAUGUUGCAGCCACUUGCAUGCUGGGAUAGCUACCACAAUGCACUGCUCUCUGUGGCUGUUUCAAGAGCUGCUAAUGUGGCUACGCCAGUGCGCUGGCAGCUGUCAGUGUGGACAGACUGCAGCGCUUUCCCUACGGCGCUCUACAAAGGCUGGUUUAACUCAAAGUGCUCUACAUCUGCAAGUGUAGCCAUGCCCUCAGUUACACAGAGGCAUCUCCCACUUAGCCUCCAUCUGAUCGCAUUUACACCACUGUAAAUCAGUCUCAGCUGACACUGCUUUAUAUCUGUACAUGGCUAGCACAGAGGGGGCCAGGCUCAUGACAGGCUCCAAGGUGUUGUUGUAUUAUGAAUAAUAAUAACGAGGGGCUGGUGUAAAAUGGGUGUGAUGUUGGAAUCAGGCCAGAUGGGAAUUGCACAGCAUGAGUACACAAUUGGACCCCUCCCCCCGCAGUGAUUUUAAAUAACUGACAGCCUUGUGAUCAGACGCGCUGCACAUGUGGCGCUCCCUUCAACUGACUUCAGUGCGACACACAGGUGCUCUCACUGUUCAAAAUCAGGCCAUGGCUUUUGGUGUACUGGUACAAAACCAACCAGUGCAUUUUCCUUCUCUAGACGCUCUAAUGAUCAGAUGCAAAGUCAACAGGUAUCUUUCCAUUGACUUCAGUAGGUUUUGGAUCAGACUCAGAAGCCCCAGUUCAGCAAAGCAUUUAGGCCCAGAUUCUCAAAGGUAUUUAGGCACCUAACUCCCAUUGAUUUCUAAGAGAAUUAGGCACUGAAAUACCUUUGAGAAGCUGGGCCCUAGGCACAUGCUUAAAUUUAAGCACAUGCUUUGCUGACUCAGGGUAGACUACUGAACUGAGAUCUAGCUGCCUGGUUCUGAAAAGAUCAGACUAACAGGACUUACUUUGCAGGGCAGCUUGUGACUUUUCCACUGAUGAGUUAAAAGGAUUUUUGUUGGUGUGAUUUCCUGGGGGGGAAAAGCUGCUGUAUCAACAUUCUGUGCCAUUAGGUAUAUAAUAAUCUCUCAAGGAAUUGUCUUAUCCAAAUAUUUUAAACACUAGAAAUGAACCUAAACCCCACUAUGUCAUGGGAUUCCAAGGAAUGAGGCUCCUGUAUUUAAUGCAACUGAUAUUCCAGGGGGGAGGGAUAUAACCUUAAGUGAUAUUUCAAGCAAUGACAUGCUUGGUAUAUAGAAAUUUAUAUCCUGAAUUUAAUUUAUUUAUUUUAAAUAACUGAUAUUCAGCCUCCUUUUUUGCACCCCACAUAAGUUAGCAUAUAUUAAGCUAGAUCUCCAGGGCAGGGGACUUGUCCAUAUAUUUUUAAACAUAGAAAAGAAAAAAAAACUCGUGUUUGUACAUAAUGUUUUCUGGUUUUCCUUUGCUUUGUGAUCUUCUCAUUUCCUCCCUUUGGUGCUGUUUCUGUAUGGACCAGAUUAAUUUAAUUUAAGACUGAGGAAGCACACAUUUAAUAAAGUUUACGGGUAUUGAGAG